AUGUACUCCGGCCAGUACAAUGGCAAAGAAUAUCAUGCAUCAGACUUGCAAGCAGUCUUCAGGCGCAGCUACGCUGCUGGGGUUGAGAAAAUCAUUAUUACAGCAGGAAGCCUGUCUGAAGCCAGAGCAGCAUUGGAGUUGGCCAGGACAGACGAGCGGUUGUUCUGCACUGUCGGGGUGCAUCCAACGCGCUGUACAGAAUUUGAAAGCUACAGCCAAGGCCCUGAAGCCUAUCUUGAGGCCCUGCAACAUCUUGCAAUCGAGGGGUCUGCAGAGGGAAAGGUUGUGGCCAUCGGGGAGUGUGGCCUAGACUAUGAUAGGCUGCAGUUCUGCGACAAGGCCACUCAGCUAAAAUAUUUCAGGGCCCAGUUUCAGCUCGCAGGCCUCACAAAGCUCCCAAUGUUCCUGCACCUGCGCGCAGCCGCAGAGGACUUUUUGGAGGUCCUUCAGGAGCAGCACAGCAGCAUGCCUGCUGGGGUCGUCCAUUCCUUUGAUGGCAGCGCUGCUGAGCUGCAAAGCCUCUUGAGUUUCCCCAGCGUCUACAUAGGUGUGAAUGGGUGUUCAUUGAAGACAGAGGAGAACUUGGCAGUGGCGGCAUCAAUACCAGAUGACAGGCUGAUGUUGGAGACUGACUGCCCCUGGUGCGAGAUCCGGCCAUCACACGCCAGCAGGGCGCAUGUCAAGACAGCGCUGCCGGCAAAAGACAAAAAGAAGCACGAUGAUGAAUGCCUUGUCAAGGGCAGGAAUGAGCCGUGCAAUCUGGUCCAAGUGCUGGAAGCUGUCUCAGGAUUAAGAGGGGUGGAUGCGGCUAAGCUUUCUGAGAUUGUUUGGCGCACGACGUGCUCAGUGUUCUUUCCAUCAAAUACUCAUUGA